GUGAAGUCGCUGCGUGGCUUGGUGCCCUAAGAAGCCUGCGUUUGGCAAUGACAUCCGGCAGCUCACGUUUUUGUCAGUGCCUGGCAGACAUUUUGCCGGCCAUGACACAGAUGCUCGGUUUGAUAUGCGUCGUCCAAUAUACCUUUGCAGCGACUGCGUUGGAGAUCUUGGGCCGGCAAAAUGCACCAGGAUUUGUCACCUUUCCUGAUGCAGCGAUGUCGCUUCUUCAAAUUCUUCUCAAUGCCGAUGGGAUCACGAUGGCACGAGAGAACUUACAAAAGGCACAUCCAGCGGCUGGCAUCAUAUUUGUGGCAUACUACGCGAUUGCGGUCCUUGUGGUAGUAAAUCUUGUCACAGCGCUCAUGAUUGAAUUCUAUCGAGCGAGUUUGGCCGAGAACGUGGAACGGUGUGAAGCCAGGCGGUCUGAGCUCACAAGACAGGUUCAGGAUUUGCUUCGAGAGAUGGAGGUUGUUGAGAAUCUGGGCUUCGAGGUGGCUGGAGGGUCCAAAGAGACUGGCAUCGAGAAGCUUCGAGAAAGUUUUCUUGGUCGUGGUCAAGACAUCGUUGAUGAGGAGCUGCUUCGUCAGGUGCAAAAGGAAGCCCCGCUGGAUCUUCUGAGGUUGCAUCGUUCAAAAAGCGGGACGACUUUGUGCAGCUUUGGCAUUGCCACAUACCCACAACCGUAGACAUUCGCAAAGGAUCAAAACCCGCAAAGAGCAUACAGAACAAAUUGAAAUAAUGAGCAAAAAAGGAUACUUCCUUUCGCUGCUUCUUUGUUUUUUUUUCAAUGGCGUGCAGUGAAUGUUUGGCACAAUGCCGGCAGUGACAUAGCAUAGCCAUGCAUAGCCUAUUUCUUUGAAAUAUUUCCAGAUAUUUGUGCUGUCAGUGAGAAAGCAGCAUUGGCAGCAAAGCGCCGAUGAAGUCACUGAGUUCAUCCACGAGAGAUGUUGUACACAUUGUGACGUCAAUGUCUUGAAUUCCCAGGGCAUGCCGAAGGUUCUAUGCCCUGUGCAUUCUAAGAGGUUCGCACCGGUUGAUUUGUUUUCAAGUUAAACCAUUGAGCCUCUGAAUCUUUGGACCCUGCAAAAGUACUGCGGUUCCAGCUUCUACAGCGCUUGCAUCGUCCUUGG